GUGGUAUCUCGGGCUCACCUGACUGUUCUUUUGCCCGCAGCGUUUGUUUACUAAAUUUUGUUUUGUUUACUGCAGUUUGUUUACAAUGUAUGUUGUUUGUGGACAAUAAUAUUAUGGUCAUGAUAAUAAAUUUGAAAGAAGGAUGAUUAUUUGCAGAAAACUUGCUUGUUUUUGUGGCUAUACAUAUCUCGCAACUCAACGCGAAGUUUCCAACUGAUUUUUGAUAAAAAUUUGAAAGAUGAAGAAAUUUAAGGACAAGCUUGGCAAAGGAACGUCCCCUCAUGUGAGUAGAACAAAGCGUAUGUAUGAUACUGCUGUAUCAUAUAUACAAAUGGUUUUUAAAGAUUUACAUGGACACCAUCAAAUAAAUGUAACAACUAUUAUUGGUUAUUAUAGAUUUCCCAUAUAUGGUAAAUUGGUAAAAACCAUGUUUAAUAUGUACCAUUCAUGGUACUCUAAAGCCAUUUUCCACUAGGCAGAAUUUUCCGUGCGGAGCGGAAUUUCUCUUUGUCUUGUAAUUGCUUGGGUGGAACUAAGGCCACAUAAAAAAUUACUUGUUUAGCGUCCUCCAAUUUAAUUUUUUUAGGUCGGGCGGGCGGUUUUUUCUUUCGUAAAAUGCAACACAAAAUUCUGCUGAAUGGAGGAAAUCCAGUAUACUACCACAGUCAAAACUCACUUUAAUUCUUUCAAAAUCCAUUCAUGUUUUUUAAUGCCGUUCAUGUUUUUAAUAAAACAGCAAAUUACCAUUUGGCGGUCACACGCGCGGACACUUUAUCUGCGAACAGGCAUAUUCUGGGAAGGGGGUACUUUCUGUAAACGUAUUACAUAGCCCCCCCCCCCCCACUCCCAGUAUAUCCAUCCCUGUGUUGCUGUCCAUUGCUGUCUCAGAAAGUAUACGUAUUUUGGUGGGAAACAACCCUGACCCACUAAACUGCAGUCUGUCCACUAAACUAUGCCACAUUAAACGUUGGAUGAGGUGAUUAUUGGCAUCCUUAACUUUUUCAGGUUUCUAUGAUUGAGUGGACGAAACAUGAUGAUAAAAUGUUGGAUUAUAUUGUCAGUGAUGAAGAAAAUAAACUGAGGUCUCAAUCUAUGCAUGUCAGCAAAUCAUCAUUCUAGGCAGACCACUAGUGCACUUGGUGUCAUUUUUAAUGUUGUAUUUCUUGUAAUGCAGAUUGGCGUUAUUGAGAAAGGGCGUUUCUCCUUUGAAAAAGAAAUCUGAUGGGAAAACAAUGUAAGAUAAUGCCACUGUGGGACUCUAUCAUCACCAUCUUUAUUACCACCAUUGUUAUUACCACCAUCAUUACCACCUUCGUCACCGACGUCACCACCUUCGUCACCACCAUUGUUACCACCAUUUUUACCACCAUUUUUACCACCAUUUUUACCACUGGUCAUUAGUACCACCAUCAUUAUCACCAUUAUCAUUACCACCUUCGUCACCACCACUGUCACCACUGGUCAUUAGUACCACCAUCAUUACCACCAUUAUCAUUACCACCUUCGUCACCACCAUUGUUACCACUGGUCAUUAGUACCACCAUCAUUACCACCAUCAUUAUUAUUACCACCAUUGUCACCAUCAUUACCAUCACCAUUGUUACCAUUGUUACCAUCACCAUCGUUACCAUCACCAUCGUUACCAUCACCAUUGUCACCAUCACCAUCGUUACCACGACCAUCGUUACCAUCACCAUUGUUACCAUCACCAUCGUUACCAUCACCAUCGUUACCAUCACCAUCGUUACCAUCACCAUCGUCACCAUCACCAUCGUCACCAUCACCAUCGUCACCAUCACCAUCGUCACCAUCACCAUCGUCACCAUCACCAUUGUUACCAUCACCAUCAUUACCAUCACCAUCGUUACCAUCACCAUCGUUACCAUCACCAUCGUUACCAUCACCAUCGUCACCAUCACCAUUGUUACCAUCACCAUCAUUACCAUCACCAUCGUUACCAUCACCAUUGUUACCAUCACCAUCGUUACCAUCACCAUCGUCACCAUCACCAUUGUUACCAUCACCAUCAUUACCAUCACCAUUGUUACCAUCACCAUCGUUACCAUCACCAUCGUUACCAUCACCAUCGUUACCAUCACCAUCAUUACCACCAUUAUCGUCACCACCUUUGUCACCACCAUUGUUACCACUGGUCAUUAGUACCACCAACAUUACCACCAUGGUAUCAUUUCAAGCUCAAAAUAGUGACACUGUAAUUAACAGUUAAUUACUGUAGAUGGGAUGUUCAAGUUGUCAAAAAUGUUGCUUGUCUAAACCAGACUUUCUAUUAUGGCAAUCUCAUGAUCACUAUCAUCAUCAAUUAUAUUUACUGUAAUAAGGAUGUUAACUAUUAUCACCAUCAUUAUCACCAUCAUCAUCAAUUAUAUUUACUGUAAUAAGGAUGUUAACUAUUAUCACCAUCAUCACCAGGUGUUACCUGUAUUAGAUGAAUUCUUUAUUUCUUGUCAGGUUGGAUGUUGCUUGUGAACAUGGUCAUGUUGAGUGUCUGGGAGUCUUGCUUGAAAGAUGUGCAGAUGUUAUAUCUGUCAGUAAAGCAGGUCAGGAAAACGAAACUCAUCUAUGGAAAAGAAAUGGUUUACUGUGCACUAAAUAUUUUUUAUCUUCGUAUGUUAGGCAGCUCAGCACUUCACACUGCUGCCAAAUGUGGCCAUGCAGACUGUAUUGUGAAGAUGCUACAACAUAAAGUGCGAGUUGGCAGUCAAGAUCCAGAGAAAAUGACAGCUUUGCAUCAUGCAGGUGAACAUUUUAACCCUAUAGAAAUAAUUUUAGGCAAGUAGUAAAAAAGUUUAUCUUCAUGUCCUGACUUAUUAUUUUCCCAGCACCCUCCCUUUGACGAGUCUGGUGUUAGACAGGGGUGCAACAUGUAUGAAUUAUAUCUUGAUCAUUAUGUUUUCUUCAGCAAGCAAAGGACAUGUGGAUUGUGUUCGAAUUCUCAACACAAAUGGAGCAAAAUUAAAUAUUAGAGAUAAGGUUAGAGGUGUUUGUUUUACUUUAUCAGUUGUGAUUACUUUUUUAUCACAGCAUUUGUUGGUAAUAUUUUAUUUAAUUAUCAUUUUCUUUCAACUGUUAUUUCAGGAUGGACGAACACCUUUACUGUUAGCAAUCCAGGCAGCGCGAGAGACAAUUGUGAAAAUACUUGUGGAAAAUGGAGCAAAAGUGAACCUCACUGACAGUGCACAUAAGUAAGAUAAUCCUAUCAUGAUAUAUUCAUGUUGUGGUAUGUUAAUCAAAUUAUUGUUUAUUCUAGAACACCACUAAUGUAUGCUUCUCUGAUUGGUCUGAAAGACACUGUAUCAAAGUUAUUACAACAUGGUGCUAAUCCAUUGUUACGCGAUACAAAUGGUCACCAGGGUAUGUUUUAGCCUGCUGUCUAAUGUGAGUCAGAACUACCGGUACAGUAGAUGUUAAAAAACUAGAGGUUCUCUGGUUUUUAAAUAUUUAACAAUUAUUCGCCGAAGGCGAGGUGAUUAUCGGUGAAUAAAAACCGAGACGAAGUCGAGGUUUUUAUUCACGAUAAUCACCGAGCCUGAGGUGAAUAAUUGUUUUAGUAUAAUUUCAUAGGUGAUUAUUUGGAAAAAAAUAAGAAAAUACACAUUUCUUCGUCAUUUAAUUGACAAAAGACACAAAAAGGCUUCGGCCGCCAUUUUGAAAAUCGCUUAGGUGAUUAUCGCGUAAUAAUCACCUCAACGGCAACCAAUCAGCGUGGAGAAUUUUCAAUAAUCACCUAUGUAAUUAUACUAAUUAUUAUUAGUACGAGCUUUCGACUGCCAGUCUGCAGUCUUCAACGGGUGGAUUACGGUUGAAGACGGUUGAAGACUGCAGACUGGCAGUCGAAAGCUCGUAAUAAUAAAUAUUUAAAAACCAACGUCUAAAAACUUAUUAUGAAUAAUCCUGGUUUCGCUUCAAACAUAUUUAAAUGUUAUAUUUCAGCUGAAGAUUUUGCACGCAUCAGUGGCUAUGACGAUAUUGUCAAGACUAUUUCCAGCACUCCUGUUUUACCUCAGUGGAGUUAUGGUAUGCAACCUAAUGGAAAUGAUAAAAAUAUAUUUGAUUUACUAAUAGUAUUUUUAUGUUUCAGCUGAAGAAUAUGUGGAUGACGAGGACUCACCUUCUCAAGAUGUAUGUUUCAUUCACAAAUUAAUUAUUUAUUUUCUUUAUGAUAAUGACAUCUGUAUGAUAAAAAACAUGCUAUCAGGCAGAGUGGAGAAAUGUCAGGAUGUUGGGCGUCUACGCACAACAUAAAUAAUUGUUUAGCCACACGCCUUACAUUUGCAUCAACUUAUCAUAACAACUGUACUGUGUAGCUCAGUUGGUUAAUAGAGCGCUGCAACGGAUUCGCAGGGUCGCAGGUUCAAGUUCUGCCAGAGGGUCUAUACUGUAGUCUGUUGCAUUUCUCGCAAAUUCUCCUGAUUAAGUCUCAUAAAUGCAUAAAAUUCACACUUAAAAUUGUGGUAAAGAAUACAUGCAACACAAUACAUCUUUUCAUAAUGACGUCAAAUGGAGAUAAACACAAAUUAUUGCCAAGCCAAUCCAAUUUCCUUUAACAUCAUUUGCAUUGGAAAUUGCCCUAAACAUUUCCCCUGGGGACAUUGCAUGAAGUACAUAUCCACGUUUGACGUCACUAUUUUAUUUUCUAGGGUUCUGGGAUUGGUAGUAAUGAUGGAUCUGAUGUUGCUUCAAUUUUAUCUCAUCAAGAUUCAGACCAUGGGUUUGGUGUAAGAAAUUUUUACCUGUUUACUACAGUACUUAAUAUCAAUUUACAGUACUUGACUUCAUCCUUCAUCAAGUGACAAUGCUUCCUCUAUUGUUCUACUCUGUCCAAAGGCUGCUUUACAAUAUCAAAGUUUCUGUGAUCACAGUAGGAAUUUUCUUUGCAUAGGUAAGUUUUGAAGGAUUUGUAAGAAAUAUUUGAGGAAACUGACUCUGUGUUAAACACUAAGUCACUUCGCUCAAACAUUUCUUACAAAUCCUUCAAAACUUAGAAUUUACCUAUGCAAAAUUUCUAUUGUAAACACAGAAACUUUGACAGUGUAAACCAGGCUUAACUCCAGAAGAUUUUACACAUGAAGGGAGUCUGCUGGCAUUCCGUAUGGGUUGACCUCUCUAGUAGAUUUACCACUGAAUUUUCUACAUUUCUUUCUACAGAGUGUGUAUAGCAGUGACAGACAAUCCUCAUUGGUACGUUGUUUCUUUAGAAAGCUUACCGGCGCUUCAUUUUCAAACUUCUUGUUUUGGAAAUGUUUUCUUUUGUAUGUUGAGCAUUCUUGCGAAAUGAGAUGUGCAGUGUCACUCACAUUUGUAUUGUGAAAUUAAGAUUUCAUCCUUUAAGCAAACUUCUCUCCUAAUCCUAGUGUCAACAUCAUUAGCGCGAUAAUCUUGUGUUAAUCCGAUUUACAAUUGAUUUCUAUAUGUAGUCAAGUCGUUGAGGAGGCGUUGACGCCUUUGCACCUAGUCUAAUUAAACCUCAUUCUCGUGCAUACAUCUCUGAGUGUACAAAAACUGUUGCUGUAAUACCACGUUAUAGAAACUGCGUUCUUUAGUAAACUUUUGUGGCUGUAAUAUCAAGUAUUUUAAGUCGUCAGGUAGGAACGAACUAGGGUGUUUCUAUAUUUUUGUACAAGAUACGCCGCUGUGUAAAAGCUGAUUUACACUCUAUCACGUAGGUGAAUUUUAAGUUUUGAAGGAUUUGUCAGGAAUGUUAGGAAACUGACUCAUUGUCAGUUUCCUCAAACGUUUCUUACAAAUCCUUCAAGACUUAUAAUUUACCCAAGCAAAAUUCCUACUGUGAUCACAGAAACUUUGAUGGGGGUAAACCACCUGCAUCCUUUACGUAUCAGAAAGAAUUUUGUUUUCUUUACAGCAUUCUCUUUCAACAUCUGUUUCCUCACCGUCAAAUCCAAGAAACACAGUAAAUAUUGGUAGAGUCCAGGUAAGUCGCGCUGUGGUACGCCAAUAUUACACUACUGUACUUCUUUGUGCAGCAAAGUACCACGUAUAGGUAUACGCGGAAAUCUUGCUAUCUACGAACUUACAUUUUGAGUAUGUUGAGCUUGUAUCAACACAAGUACGCGGCAAUAAUCAUUACCAGUUAGCUACGUCCACAAAUCUUGAAUUAUUGCACCUUGCAUAACGUGAAUGACCUGAAUUGAGAAACGGAUCAUUCCUUCUAAAGGGAUCAUCUACGUCAGUGUUAAUCUGAGAGAUCAACGCGAUCUAGGGAGAUUACCGCGAUCUAUAUUGCCACGAAAACAAUGUUGCACAUUUUGGUUUUAGAAGUAACGAUGUAACGGUCUCAAUAGGAAUUUUGCAUGAGUAAAUUCUAGGUUUUGAAGGAUCUGUAGGAAUGUUUGUGGGGACUGUCUUAAUGUUAAACACCGAGUCGCACUAGUGGGUUCCCCCAAACAUUUCUUACAAAUUCUUCAAAACUUAGAAUUUCCUGGUGUAAAAUUCCUACUGUGAUCACAGAAACUUUGAUAGCCAGGCUUAAGUGUUGCUUGAGAGUUGAUGAAAGUUGGACUGGAUAUUACCACACGCGUUAUGCGAAAAACUGUCAUUGUAAUUUGAAGCAGCUCACAGUUGAUGACAGUAGGCAGCACUCAUCAUGCCGACAAAAGAAAAAAGUCGCUUUGAUGGAUGAACUGUCUUGAUCUGUAUAUGAUGCCGCGUUCAGAUGAUAUCAGUCGCUACUUCCUCGCUAUAGUUCAUCUCCACAAACCUCUCAAGCGUUUUCUUAUUUAGGAGUUGGAAAGAGAAAACAAUCGACUCAACGUUCAACUUCGCACUUUACAGAUGGAAUAUUCACCGACUCAGGUCAGAAAUUGUUCAUGAAUAACUUUCAAACAAAGCUUUAAUAGAGAAUUAGUUACAGUCCAUGUUUUGAAUGUUUUCCAACAGUUGAAUUAACAUUACGUGUUCAUGAGGAUCUAACGUAGGUUUCCUUAUCAUGCAGUAGAUCCAGCUGCAGUUAUCAGAGUUUGCAAAGGCAGGUCUCAUGCAGAUCACAUAUAAAAGGACACAUAUUCUGGUAUAGAGUUGACAGACAGUGUAUUUUAUUUUUUUUGCUCCAACAAGUGUAUGUCAACAUUUGUAUCAGCUGUCCUGCAUCGCUUACCUGAAACCCUCUAAUAUUAGGGAUGUUCCGGAUUGUACUGGAUGCUAGUGUACCGGAUAAUGACCGGGGAUACUCGUGGUGGUACUUGGAAUACGUCACUAACUUUUUGUCAUAAAAUAGUCCAUUCUCUGUUUAGUAUGUGGUACAAGGAUCGUGUGACAAUAUACAGCAGUUUGCAUCAUACUGUAUAUAGAUGUUUUGCCACAGUGAACGAUAAUUUAUUCUCAGGUUCUGUACCUAAUGUGUCGUUUCUGAAAUAUCUAGGACAAAGCAUAUGCGAUGAGUUUGGAAGAUGUUAGUUAUGACCAAGUUAAUGGUAAGGUGUUUUGACAGUAGAAAAUGUGAAAAUCUUAUUAAGUUUGCUUUUGUUACAUGGUACUUCAUUUACUUUCUCAAGGUGACACAGAGCAAAGCAAACUAGAAAAUCUUCAACAAGAAAUGCAUGCACUGCAACUAGACAAUGAACGAUUGAGAAAUGAAAAAGUAAGUAAAAAUAUUUCUCUAAUUCAAAGAAGGAUAGCUCAACCUUUCACUACAGUGAAAUCACAAGUUUUUCAUAUUUCUUGUAGCACGACAUAAAUGUUGACGACAGUAUACCAACAAUACCGAUUACAGUUUAUCAACAAUUAAAGGUACAGUGACUAUUUUAGUGUUGGUUUUUUGACGAGGUUGCUAGAAUUCCUUCGUGCAGGUCAGUCAGAGCAAACGGCCUCAGAGGUCAUGGGUUCGAUUGUGGGCUCAUGACACAAAUGUGAAACAUUUCUAUUGAGUUAGUAGAUAAAUAAGGUAUUCAAUUUCAAUAAUCGUGUAUUUAGUAAUUUAGAUGUUCAAUCAAUGUAAUUAAGUUUCAGAGUUCGCUAUCAAAUAUAAAAAAUGGGUGUGAAAAUUUCUGCAAAAAUGUAGACCCCCACAUUUCUUGGAAAUAGGUUCUGAUCAUUUUCCCGCCGCUGAAAGUAUGCUAAAAUUUCAGGAGUCUACGGAAGAAGAACUCUCUAGUUUGAACGUCAAUUUUCUGAAUGUGAAAAAAGAAAACGAAAGUUUAAAACGUGAGGUAGGAAUGUACUUCAAAUGUUGCAACACUAAAUGCGCUUUUAAACAACAUUAACUUGCAGUGUGUUCAUUUAGCUUUCAAAACUAAGACUACAAACACAAGAUGAGCUACAGGUGAAAGCAGAACAAAAGAUCUGUGCAUUAGAAGAACAAGUUGGGAGACUUCAAAAACAACUUGUGGUAAGAAUUCUACACGUCGAAAAUCAUUAUACAUUGGAUUGUACAAAACCAUUGUUGACCUGUUUUCAGUCAUAACUACGAUGUUUAACUACGAUGUUGUUUACAGGAGGCUGACAGUGAACAUUCAAAAACCAUCAAUAUAUAUAGACUUCAUUUACUCAACGCUGUACAGGUACACUAUUAUCAUUAUAUCAUUGUUACAUUUUAAUUAAAUUUAAUUAGAAAGUUGCUAAUAGCGACUACAUGCAAUUUGUUACAUAAUUAUGUAUUAAUUAAAAUCACUGAUUAAUUAAAUAUUAGGUAAAUUACUUUACUUGUGUAUGCAAAUUCUGGUUUACAUUAUCAAACUUUCUCUGUGUAUCCUUUGUAACAAAUUGCAUAUAGGAAUUUUGCAUCAAUGGAGACUGUUUAACAUUGAACCAGUUCCCUCAAACAUUUCCUUCAAAACUUAGAAUUUAUCCAUGCAAAAUUCCUACUGUGAUAAUGUAAACUGACCUUUACAUCACAAUCAAUACGGAUUACAUCAUUAACAUUUGUUAAAUACAUUACUUGUAUUAUUAUCUAUUUACAAUCCUUACUGCUGUCCUUUCCUUCAAGAAAUUGACCGAAACGUUUUAUUUAUCAACUCUGCAAGUGCAUAGCAUUUUCUCGUAAUUGUUUACUGAAUGUUGUAUCUUGUUACAGGGAGGUAUGAACAAUGAUGUUCGAAAGGCAUUAGAACUUAUUUUGAAAAUAAGAUAUGAUGAACAGUUUUGCUAACAUUUUGUGAAGAGCUAGUGACAUCUUUGUGGUUGAAAGAUAAUAUUAAUGGUUUGAAAGAUAUAUGUUUGUAUGAGGUAUAUAAUAUAUAUUUGUAUGUAUUUUUAAUUUAAUAUAUUUGUAAAUAAAAGUAUUGCAAAAUUACGGCAAUGAACAUUUUUUGUCAGGAUCACUCCCAAGUAAAAUCAUCUGGUAUGAGGGUCACACUGGGUUAAAAUAUUCACAGCUUGUUUCAUGCCGGAUGAUUUUACUUGUCAAAGGGAUCAUUUUGGGAACAUCCACCUAAAACGUACCUACUAAUGUCACCAAUUAGACACAGAGUAAUGGUAGUUGAAUAAACAGUGGCAGGUGAAAGUCAAUAUUAAAUAAUCAUAUCAUGCACUGUUUACAAUUUUUCCAGCCUGCUCAGUGCUCACACAACAUUCUUUUUACAUUAAAUAAUCAAAAUAUCACAAUAUCAGGGUUCCCAAUCAAAUUUAGAGCAAGCUAGACUUUUUUUGUUUCGAGAAAUAACCAGCGAAUAGCGAUUCAUUGUUCAUGCAAGAGACAGGAAAUUUUGCUGUGUGCCAGCUUCUAUUGGGGAACCCUGCAUUAUAUAUCCUAUCAGCAGAACAUUGUAAUGUUACUCCUUUAAGUGGCAUUGUGCCCUACUUUGUUAAUGCCAGAAUAUUAUACUCUUUAAGGGGAGACUGCUGGCACUCAAUGGGUAAAUAUCAAUCUAAAGUAUAUACAGUUAGGAAAAACCCAAUUGUUUCAAAGUGUUUGAUAUUUUAGAUAUUUAAGCAGCAUUAUUAAUGUCCUGGAACAGUUUUAUCUCAAUCAUGGCUUCACUUAUCGUAAGUCAAGUGUAGAAAAUAAUUUCAGGAAUCUGUCCAUCCUCAACUGAGGUUCCAUUAUUGUUCCCAGUUGCAUAUGAAAAGUGAAAGACAAUGUUUUCAUCCUUCGAGUCAGGGACCUCGCAUACAACUUUACGCUGGCCUUUAGUACCAUAAUAAGAAUCAGCACCUUUCAAUGUUGCGCUUGCAACGUAAAUUAUGCUAGGAGUGAGUUCUAUUGGUUCACUGAACAUGACUCGGAAUAUGCUUGGUGUACCAUCACAACUGAACGCUGUGUCAUUCUCACCACAUACCAAGCCGGUCUCUGUGUUAAUGACCUGCAUCUUGACGUUGUAGUCGCUGGGACCAUGAAUCGCGCCGUAUAACCCCAAACCAACAACAAAGAUACGCUUGUUGACCGAGAACCUGAUACGAUCGCUUGUACCGCUAUAACCCCAGCGAUUUUCAACUUUGGAGAAUCUUCUGACCGACUUUUCACGACCAGUAAGGCAACAUCGUGGUUUAUCUAUGAAGCUUACUUUUGGUUUGGGAUUGACAUGAAAGUAAAGAAAUAAACUGACAAUUUCUUUCUCUGUCAAGAUACCAGAUUGCGCUGGACCUGCUGCAAAAUCUUCUACAGGCAUAAGUGGAAAACGGAUCUGGUACAAUGCGUCGGAUAACACACACCUACAUAGG